AUGGACCCGUGUAGUGAAAAACACCUGCAGUCGUAUAACCUCAAUGGAUGGAUGGUGACACAAGAAGAUUCCUCUGUGGCCGUGGAAGAAGGAAUCGAUGAUUUGGAUGCUGGCCAGCAGAAUAAAACAGACCGACUGAGAGGUAUUCUAGACAAGAUCGACAGGGAAAGUUACAAAAGUAUUCAGUGCCUCAAGGCCACAAUAGAAGCAGUGGACAGACAGAUAUCUACGGCGGGACUGCCACAGUCGCAACAAGAUGCAGGGAGAAAAAGGGAGGAUCUUGCGACCUCCACUGGAAGCCGCUUGCCGCGCUGUUUUUUCUACAACAGAGUGGCCCUCGAUCCCCCCACCAUGACAUAUCCAGCGACAUCCGCAGCAAUCCCUCUCAUUCCUGCAUUGGAUCCGAAGCCUCUGAGCGACACACUCAGCAUAUCAUCUCCGAGUACAACAAGCACUCAAAGGACUUCAAGAAGCCGAACUCGUAAGCAAACUCGGUCGCGUCAUAAAUCCGAUGUGUCGGUUGUUGAGGACGGCUCUACGGGAGAUCAAAGUGUGCCCGUGCCUGGUCAGUUAGAUGGCGUUUUCAAGGGUUUGCGAUCACUCAAGGUCGAAAGCCAGCGCCUGUGGACGGGUCUCCAGCAGGCGCGAGAGUACGCAAAUCGCUUUUCUACAGAGACGUAUGCGUCUAGUCAUUCCCUCCUCAACAAACGGAAGGAGUGUCAGCGCGACAGUUCUCGCAGGACAUACCUGAAACUCCUUGAUUGCCUUGAUUCGUCGUCUAGGCUUGCAGAAAGGCUCAAGUGUAGAAUAAACAUUCUGGAAGAAAAGAGCCAGCAGAAACUCUCCCAAAUCUACAACGAUCUCUACUUGCGUCAGAAGUUCCGGUUACCACCCUGGCCGGUGUCUGUUAGCAAGACUCCGGCACUUUUGUUGCGGGCGCAUAGUGGCCUGCAAACCUCGUUCACGGAUGCUGUGGAUAAUAAAGCUGAAGUCUCCGCUCGGGCGUCAAAGCUGCCGCUACUGGAGUCCUUGUCGUAUCCCAGGGACUCGAAAACAGCUAUAUCGGGUGACAAAGGCUCGGAACCUGGCUCGACAGCCGCGACCAGGGAACGGCUCAGGGAGGAACUUCUGUCCGCCUGUCUCGUGGGCGACACGCGUGAAGGACCGCAACGACAAAGCGUGCAGAUAUCUGUUCCAUCGCCUCACCUACGAACACAGAGUGACAGUGGGGGCACUGAACUGAGCGGCCUCAAGUUUCCGACUGGGCGCUUUAUGUCGAAAGAUUCCAAUUGCGGCUUCCUCCGUUCUGCGUCGGCGAAACCGAAAAGCGAAACGCCGAACUCAGGCAGCAGAAACAAGCAUCUAGCUGCUUCCCAAACCGACUUGUCUUGUCAUUGUCUCUCAUCGCCGUGUUCAUCAUCUCAAUGGGGGCUGUCACAUUUUUCCCAGAAAGAAUGUCCACAUUCGGCGAACCCUCGUACGUGUCGGUCGCACUGUGCACGGCAGCCGAGGGAUGAGUCUGAUGCGAAAGGUGGCCUUGCUAUCCAAGAUCCUUUGGUGCGCGCUACAUGUGCACAGUCUUGCGACGACUGUUGUCCAGGUCCGUGGUGUUGCAUACAAUCUACAAAUUGUGGGCUGAAGGCGGAUCGGACAGCCGCUUCCCUGGCACCUACGAUCAUCACACAAACCAGUAGACGGACUGGGCAGAUAUCGCCAAAGUGUCAAUUUGAAACGGUUCCAGAAAGGACAGACAAAUGGGGAGGAAACCUCCUGUCUUCUCCCCGUCUUGCGCAAGAAGGCACCCCGAGUCCUGCAGAAGGAGAUCAAAACACCCUGCUAGAGGCUCCCUUUACCACAGCUCCAGGCCGCCUCAGCCGGAUCCCGUUGGCAUCUCUAGUGUAUCGUCCAGCGAUACCGCCGUGCCGAGAACCUCUUCGGGAGACUACCGGCGUGCAUCAGUCAACUCUGCGUUUGUCAAGACCUUUUCCCAGCACCAGAAUAGACACACAAGUCACGUUUGCAAACGUAUGCCAUCCUCCGAUUCAGACAGUUUCUCAUCCUCUAGCGUCUAUCAGCUGUCCAUUGCAGCCGAGUCCAGUGUGUGAGUUGCCCUCUCCUGAGCUGGUGCCACUCGCAUCGACAGCGGCUAGAUCUCAAGACCAAUUUGCAGCUGUUACCACUCCGGGGCGAGGUUAUUUCAGUGUCGAGGGGAGGCAAUCUUGGUCGUUUGAACCAGGUGCUCAUCCAUCAAGUAAUGCGCAGCGACUUUCUUGGGGGCAGCCAGGUUCUUUCACUCGUUCCCAGUCGCGCGACGAACGGUGCUAUCGGUCCGCGAAUGUGCUGAGAGAGAAAGGUGAGUGA